AUGGCGGAUGUUGAGCAACAGGCGCCUGUUGAGGGCACACCAGUCGAGGAUGUAGAGAUGGAAGGCGCAGCUGAUGCUGGCGCUGGCGCGGACGAAGGUGCUGGCGAAGAGACGGCUUUGGCUGAUAUUGAACUUGAAGCGCCUAAGCUGGUUUCAUUCUCAGAGAAAGUCAUACCGGGCCUGAUCAAGAGUCCAAUCGUAGAAGUCGUUGCUGGAUUCGGAGAGACCUGCACCACAUACUCAGCACACGAGGCUGUUCUUCUCAAGUCGCCCGAGUUUGGCAAACAUGUCGAAAAGUUUGCGCCAGGGGGUGAUAAAAUAGCACCCACAACAGUGGCAACAUGGCUUGUACAAUGUUCAGCUGACACCACGCGAAUACUUCCCCAAAAAGUCGUCUUCAGCACGCGACGCCUCCCUCGAAAAGGACCCGCGCCAACCAGAAAUCGACCACGAGGGCGUCGGCCUCCUGUUCCACGCCCGCAACUCUCCGAGCUAAAACCCCUCGCACACUCCAAAAUCCACCGCGCCGCCUCCACCGCUAAAGGCGAACUCGCAUACGCCCGUUACGUGUACAAGGAAUCCGACCCGGAAGACACUACUAUCCGCAAGCCCGUCGCUGCCUUCUGGGCUACGCGCAGCUACAGCCUACGACACGACGCAGAGCCAGAGUUCAAGGCAAUAUGUCUCGAAUUCCCCCAGUUCCCGUACGAUGUGCUGCAGCUGGUGCUUGAUCAGCGGGAGAAGAAGAGGGGCAGGGAUGAUACGCCUGCGCGGAGUAGUGGGCCGAGCGUUAUACCGGGCAGUACGAGGAAGAAGGCGAGGAUUUUUGACAAUGUUUUUUUAGAGGAGAAGGAGGAUUCAUAUUGCAUUGUUAGGUUGAAAGUAUAUAUGUGGGCAUUUGGAUACUGAGUGAGGCGUAUAUAUGCCAUGCCAAUAUAACUAGUUACCUUUCUCUGGCCGACGUCAGCCAUACUAUCCAUCUUUUUUUUUUGCAUAAAAAGUUUACUUCGGUAGUUGUUGCGGCACUUUUUUUUCCAGUCUAACCCUCGGUCGAAGUAGUUUCUGGCAUGUGAACAUGUGAUGUUGAUGUUUUUGUCCUGGGGUGAAAAACUACGUGUAACAUGUGCAACAAAACAGCCAAGACGAAAAUGGCGGAGUUUUGCUUAAUUCGUGUGUGUGGGGGAAAGAAAAGAAGAUGCAUGCUGCUGCAGAGAAAGAACUGGUGGGGACGUGUGGAAGUCGCCUUUUGAAUUUUGAUCACGUACGUAUGUAUGAAGGUGGGUAUUAUGUAUGCAAGUCCAAGUAGCCUUGCUGUAGCGUGGAAAUCUAUGCUGCUUUUAUCUUUGUUGCAUAUCGAGACGAGCAAAAG